UGAGGUCCACCAGGCGGCAGCACACUACGACGAACGGCCCCCCUCCCUCCGGUCUCAGCUGUCCGCUCCAUUCCUCCCGGCAGCCUCGCCCCCCUCCCCCGGCAGCAUGGCGUCCAUCGAGGAGGACGGCGCGGCGGAGGAGAAAGAAAACAACAACAAGAAGCGAACGAAAGGCGCCAUGGCCACAGCGUGGCUCACCUUCUACAACAUCGCUAUGACCGCCGGGUGGUUGGUUCUGGCCAUCGCCAUGAUGCGUUUCUACAUGCAGAAGGGCACCCACAAAGGUCUAUACAGGAACAUCGCCAGGACCCUCAAGUUCUUCCAGACUUUGGCUUUAGUGGAGGUGGGACACUGUGCCAUCGGAAUCGUGAGGACUUCUGUGAUCGUGACCGGGGUUCAAGUGUGCUCACGGAUCUUCAUGGUUUGGUUCAUUACCAACAGCAUCAGACAGGUCCAGAAUGAAGAAAGUGUUCUGCUGUUCCUGGUGGUGUGGACGCUGACAGAGAUUACCAGAUAUUCCUACUACACCUUCAACCUGCUCAACCUCCUGCCGUACUUCAUCAAAUGGGCCAGAUACAACCUCUUCAUCGUCUUGUACCCGCUGGGGGUGGCGGGCGAGCUGCUCACCAUCUACUCGGCGUUGCCCUUCGUGCGCAGGUCCGGAAUGUACUCCAUAAGGCUCCCCAACAAGUACAACGUGUCCUUCGACUACUACUACUGCCUCAUCGUCAUCAUGCUGUCUUACAUCCCACUGUUUCCUCAGCUCUUCUUCCAUAUGCUGCGGCAGAGGAGGAGAGUUCUUCACGGGGAGGUCAUCGUGGAAAAAGAUGACUAGACGUCCGAUGAAGAGUCAACGUGUUUACAGUCCGCUAGCCUUAUCAUGUUUCACACAAAUAAACAAAUAGGAUGCUCUCCGACUAGUCACACGCCCAAUAAGACAUCUUGUUUGUGUCCAAUCAAAGGUGCUAUCCUCAUCGUUUAUGUCAAACAUGCUCUACGUACUUCUAGACGAUUCUAAAUCGCCGCCACCUACUUGUCAGCAAAUAAAACGUGCAAAAUCAAUAAAGUCAAUUCUAGAAUAUUCCGCCCUGAUUUGACUCAUUAACCCUACACAAGAAACCAUUUCCAGUCCAAAAAAAAAUGGUGAAUAUAACACAUAAGACAUUUAAAAUACUACUGAGUAACCAUGUAUGAAAAAUACGGGAUAUGCUACAUAUAUAGUACAGUUUGGACUCGCCUUCUCAUUCAAUGUUUAUUUACAUUGUAGAUUGUCACUGAAGACAUCAAAACUAUGAAUGAACGCACGUGGAGUUAUGUACUUAGUGAAAUAACUGAAAACAUAUUUUAUAUUGUAGUUUCUUCAAAAUAGCCACCCUUUGCUCUGAUUACUGCUUUGCACACUCUUGGCAUUCUCUCGAUGAUCUUCAAGAGGUAGUCACCUGAAAGGGUUUUCACUUCACCGGUGUGCUCUUUAU